AUGGCGGUGUCCGCGCCGCCCGUCAUCGCCGCAACUUCCAGCGGCGGCGGCGCGGGGGGCUCGGCGGGUUUGUUCCGGGCGGACCCGCUGUACUCCAGCCCCGCGGAGUCCCCGCGCCUCACCAACAGCCUCGUCAACACUUUCCUCUCGGCCGGCGGCGGCGGGGCCGGCGCGGGCGGCGGCGGCGGCGGCGGCGGCGGCAACGAGUGUAAGAUGGUCGACCUGCACGGGGUGAAGGUGGCCUCGUUCCUCGUGGAGGGGCAGGAGCUGAUCUGCCUGCCGCAGGUCUUUGAUCUCUUCCUCAAGCACCUGGUGGGAGGGCUGCACACGGUCUACACCAAGCUGAAGCGGCUGGAUAUAUCGCCCGUGGUGUGCACGGUGGAGCAGGUCCGCAUCCUCCGCGGGUUGGGGGCCAUCCAGCCCGGCGUCAACCGCUGCAAGCUCAUCACCAGGAAGGACUUCGAAACUUUGUACAACGACUGCACCAACGCGAGCUCCCGCCCAGGAAGACCCCCCAAGCGCUCCCUGGGAGUGGCGAUCCAGGAAAAUGCGCGGCUGCUGCCCCAUGGAGUUCCAGGCCUCUUAUCACCAGGGCUUAUCUCUCCGACAGGUCUGACAGCAGCUGCCAUGGCAGAGGCUAUGAAGCUACAGAAAAUGAAACUUAUGGCCAUGAACAGCCUUCAUGGAAGCGGGAGUCAAAAUGGAACCGAGUCAGAAAAUGAAGAGCUCAAUUCUAAUGCAGGUGGGAGUGAAUCCUCCUGGGACAAAGACAAGCUCCAGUCUCCAAUCACGACGGGAUCCCAGCACAGCAUUGGUCACCCCACACUGUCAGGGCAGUCGAGCCUCGGGAGUGCUCACCCGCUCAGCCCUCUCCAGCAGAACCACCUGCUCACCAACAGGCUAGACCUGCCCUUCAUGAUGAUGCCGCACCCCCUGCUCCCCGUCAGCCUCCCCCCGGCCUCGGUGGCCAUGGCCAUGAACCAGAUGAACCAUCUCAACACCAUCGCCAACAUGGCAGCGGCGGCGCAGAUGCACAGCCCCCUCUCCAGGGCAGGGGCCUCCGUCAUCAAGGAGAGGAUCCAGGACAGCCCUUCCCCGGCGCCGUCCCUGGAGGACAGCCAGCGCCCUGGCAGCCACGCGUCCUCACACCCCAGCAGCAGCGUGUCCAGCUCACCAUCCCAGAUGGACAACACUCCCGACAGGAUCGCCAUGCUGACCAACAGCAGGGAAGGAGAACUCAUUGACCAAGAAACUGGAACCAGCCUAAAAAAAAUACAAAAGGAGAAAGAAGAGGUCCAAAUUGCCAUUCCAAUAAUGAAACCAACCUUAGAUAAAGUCCAACUGGCUGGACAGGCCUUGCCUCCUGGAUUUCCGGCGCCAUUUCUUUUUGCUGAUGGUCUUUCAUCAGUAGAAACACUAUUAACCAACAUUCAGGGCCUGCUGAAGGUGGCUGUGGACAAUGCAAGGGUCCAGGAAAAGCAGAUACAGCAGGAAAAGAAAGAGUUAAAGAUGGAGCUUUGUAGAGAGCGAGAACUACGAGAGAGCUUGGAAAGGCAACUGACAGCUGAGCUGCAAAGCAGAGCCACAAUUCAAAAACGCUUGAAGAAGGAGAAGAAGGCAAAGAGAAAAUUGCAGGAAGCUUUGGAAUUUGAGUCCAAGAGAAGAGAACAAGUGGAACAGGCUCUUAAACAGGCCACAUCAGGUGAUGGUCUCAGGAUGUUAAAUGAUGCUGGAAUUCCAGAUAUGGAAAUAGAACACAAUGGAACCCAACAUGACAGUGCAGCGAUGCAAGAAAACAGAACAUACAUCAAACCGACCAUUAUGUACUGAAGGAACCACCUAUUGCUGAAAAAUGUAUAAUGACCACUAUGUGAAGACUAUAUAAUUCUUGAGAAAUGUCUGUUCCAACCUUUGAUGCCUUCAGUACUGUAUGAGGAACAGGAUUUGUAGCAUGAAACUUGAAGGACAAUUUCAAGCAAUUUACUGUUGCUGCAUUGAAAACUGCCGUAUUAAGAAAUACUGAGUCUUUUUACAAGCUUACCAUACCAAACCAAGCCUGUCACAGCAAAUCAUUUCUAGGAAUAUGGGGAUAGAA